CCAGGAGCCGGCUCCUGCCGGCUCUCCGCGCGCCUAGGCAAGCUCAGCCGAGCGCAGAGGCGGAUUUUCAGGAACAAUAACAGUGCGAGGGAGUGCGGGACCCGGCGCGCCUGCCCCCUCCCGCCCCCGCGCACCAUGUACGCCUUUGUGCGGUUCCUGGAGGACAACGUCUGCUAUGCGCUGCCCGUCUCCUGCGUGCAGGACUUCAGCCCCAAGUCCCAGCUCGACUUCGACAACCAGAAGGUCUACACGGUGUACCGCAACCCGGAGGAGGCGGAGGAGGAGGACGAGAGCCCCGGCGAGUGGGGCGACCGCCUGCUGCUGCACAAGGCCCAGAUCCUGGCGCUGGCAGAAGACAAAACUGACCUUGAGAACAGUGUGAUGCAGAAGAAAAUUAAAAUCCCCAAACUCUCUCUCAAUCACGUAGAAGAAGCUGGGGAGGUUACAGAUUAUGGGGAAGAAGAUGUGGAGCUUAGACACAGUAAGAGACAAGAUGGGAGGAAACAAAGUGAAGGUACACACAAAAGUAUUGAAGCAGUUGUUGCUCGCCUUGAGAAACAAAAUGGGAUGAGUCUCAGUAAUACUUCCAGCCCUGAGGAAGCUUUUAUGGAGACUUCAGAAGGCAUGAACAAUAUGGACGAUGCUGUAGUUCCUCGGGUUCUGUAUGAAGAAUUGCUGAGGAGUUACCAACAGCAGCAAGAAGAAAUGAGGCACAUUCAACAGGAGCUUGAGAGAACACGGAGACAGCUUGUACAACAGGCGAAGAAGCUAAAGGAGUAUGGGGCACUCGUGUCAGAAAUGAAAGAGCUCAGAGACUUGAACAGGAGACUACAGGAUGUACUGCUUCUAAGACUAGGUAGUGGACCUGCCAUUGAGCUUGAAAAAGUAAAACCAGAAUCAAUUGAGCCCGAACCUGAGGUACAGAAGACCUUCAGUGAGGAAGCAAAUACAUCAACGUAUUAUCCUGCCCCUGUUCCAGUAAUGGACAAGUAUAUUCUCGAGAAUGGAAAGGUCCAUCUUGGCAGUGGAAUUUGGGUAGAUGAGGAGAAAUGGCACCAGCUGCAAGUAACACAAGGAGAUUCAAAGUAUACAAAAAAUCUAGCGGUUAUGAUUUGGGGAACAGAUGUUCUCAAGAACAGAAGUGUCACAGGAGUUGCAACCAAAAAAAAGAAAGAUGCCGUUCCCAAGCCACCUCUCUCACCUCACAAAUUAAGCAUUGUCAGAGAAUGUUUGUAUGAUAGAAUAGCACAAGAAACUGUGGAUGAAACUGAAAUUGCACAGAGACUCUCCAAAGUCAACAAGUACAUCUGUGAAAAAAUCAUGGAUAUCAAUAAAUCAUGUAAAAAUGAAGAAAGGAGGGAAAGUGCAAAGUACAAUUUGCAAUAAAUUUUGGAUUUUUAAUAAAGUCUUAGUGUUUUACUUAA